CUUAUUUAUUUACUGCUGUACUUCUUUUUCAAAGAUGGCAGCGGACAAGAUGCAAUCUUCAGAAAUUGACUGGAAUUAUCCAAAUUUAUUUACAAAAGAAAGACUUUUAAAGGUUAUAAAAUCGCGCUGUUUUGAUUUACCAAAUCUUGACACUCUUGACAAAGAUGAACUGAUAGACAUUUACAACAGAUACUUACUUCCUCUGCCUCAGAGAAAGUACCGUUCCAAUUGCCGAGGUGUAUUGAUGACCAACAAACAGAUUCUGUUAGCAAAGAGGUCAAAAUCUACUGCAAACGAAGUUUCUAAAAAUUCUGCAGACGUCCAAGAGAAACCUAUGCCACGUUUUAUGUCUUCAUAUAAUCCAUCGACUGAGUCAACGACACAUGUGAAGCCACCAGUUUCAUGCAUAAAUUUUGAUAGGAAAACGAUCAGGUUAAAUUCUCGUAGCGGUUCUUUGUCUGUGGACAAUGGUCAGUCCACUGUUUGUGAGCGAGUGGCCAUCACACCGGAUUCACAGGACAAAGACUGUACUAAGGAAUCAAGCAAUAAAAAUAACCACUGUACUCAUGAGAAAUCGUUAGAAGAAAAUUUGUCACCGGAAGCAGCAACAAAGAGACCAUCAGAAAACAAUGUUCACGAUGAGAGUGAUGUACCCGAGAAAAAGAAGAAAAUUAUUCCUCGUAUCACUUGGCCAUAACAGAUGUCUCAUGUAGGGCAGAUAACUAUAUUCAAAAGUCCAGUUAUUAUCCUCUUACCAUUUAUGUUUUGGCAGCAGUGUGUUAAUUCUCCACAGGAUAUCUGUCAGGUUUCCAGCUAAUAUCCUACUAUCACACAAGCAUACAUACAUACAUACAUACAUACACAGACACACAUAAAUACACUACAUCAGAGUGUUUCAUUACAGGAUAUCUGUUAGGUUUCCAGCUCAUAUCCUUCUGUCAUACACGUGCAUACAUACAUCAUUUAUGUUCGAUAUCGAUGUAUUAUUGUUUAUGGGAUAUCCAUCAUUUUCAUCUAAUAAGCAACAUAAAAAAAAACAUCUAUGUUGCUUCCUUUUUUUUUUUAUUCCUUCCUCUCAUUAGUUUGAAGUUCAUCAACCAACAGUAAUAAUUUCUUCUACAACACUGGUAAUGCUUAUCCCAUUGUCAUGUUUCUUCUAGAAAGAAGAACAAAAAAACCCCAAGGUUUUAUGCCUUGGUAUUGUCAUAAUUUCCCCACCUACUCUAAUAGCUCAAGCUUCAUGCCUGUAGGAGGAGGGGAUUCAUUAUUUAUUGUCUUCAUAGUAUUGUACAAAUGUAAUAUAUUGGCUGGGGGUCAGUACAUUAAUUGUAAGGGUGGUAUAAUUUUAACUUAAUUUUUUACUGUUUCAUCAGUUAAAAAGAUAAUUAAGUUUUCAGAUUAAAAGUUAUACAUGGCCAAAUUGCACCAUAAACAAACUUAAUGUCACAUAAUUUUUUUUCCAUGAAAAAAAAUUCUUCACUAACAAUUACAUUAUAAUACCUAUAAUAAUAAUGAUAAUAAUAAUAUUCAUGAUGAGAAUAACAAUGCCUCAAGAAGAAAUUCCAGUGCAUGCAGUGCUUCUCUGAAUAAGUACAUGGACUUUGAUAAGAACUGAUCCAGAUAAAGCAUCUCUUGGUACUCAUUCAUGUUGGAAGCUUACUCAAACUGUGAAACAUUGAACUACCAAAACACCAUUGCUGUGGUGAACAGCUCAUAUUUGAUAUGGUUUGAUAUUUAUAUUUAAAUUAAAUAUUUUUCAUCAUGGGCAACUAACUGUUUCGAUUUUUGCUAAGAAAGUUAGCUAAAACUGUACCUCACUUAGAUUACAUAUCAUUAGAUCAUCCUUCUCAUUCAAGAUUUUAGCUCUAGAAUGUUUGUUCAAGUUUAAGGUUUAUACAUGAUGUUAGCUUACUAACUUAGCUUCUCUCUAAUUGUAUACAGGGUUAACUUAUUGUAGAAGAUAUUUAAAAAUUGUAGCUACUUUCUUUAUUGUAGUAAGUAUAUCUUGCAAAAUAAUUGAAUCUAAAGUAUCUUACUUCAUCUUGGUCUUUUAAUUAUCUGAAGGUCAUGUGAUUUUUUCUGGGAAAUUUUUUCACAGAUAUUUGCAUUCUGUCGGAUUUUCAUUUUUCUAUAAUUUCUAUUAAUGAUGUUAGUUACGAAGUCUUUUGUUAUAUAUAUUUUUAGAUUAUAUUUACUCCAGACUUGUUAGGCAAGUAAUUAACUUAGUAUAAACUAAAGGCUCAUUUCAAAUGUUGAAUCUGUCCUAUUGCGAAGUUUACUUUAUUUUCUAUAAUAUUCUUUAAAUGAUAAGUUAGUUCCAUCUGUUGUUGACCAAUCUUGCAGAGAUGUUGAUGUUUUCUUUUAUACUUAGGUCAAAAUUUAUUCUGAACGAAAAUAUUUUGAAUUUUUUCAAAUCUCAUCUCGAUACGAAAGAAAGUAUUUAAUCGUAAAAUAGCAACUUUUCUAUACUUCUAUCUGUAUAAAGAAAAAGGAAAAGAAAAAUCAUACUUUCCUUAAUUUGUUUAGUAGAUUUAAAAUAAGGGCAGUAUUUACUUAUUCAAUUCAAAGGACUGUUUAUAAAUUGUGGUUUUUCAGAAGACAUAUCAGUACAAGUUAAAUCUGUUACUAUAUCAUCAAUCAUUUAUAAGUUCAUUUCACAUCAAUGUUUCCAUGCUUUCAUAUUACAGACAGUCCUGACUAAAACUGUUACAUCAGUUGCAGAGAUUAUCUCAAGAUGGCAUCAUGGAAUAAGUUUGUUUACUGUGAGGAGGAGGAGGAGGAGGAGCAGGAGGCUAACGUUUUAGGCAGGACUCUUCAGUGGAUGAUAAAACGUUAGAUCUUUUCUCUUCUCUUCAUCAUCUUCCUCAUAGCAAAUUAACUUCUUCUUUGUGAACAUUUCAUACUUAGUAUAUACUGACAGAGACCAUCCCUAGUUCCUUGGAUUCUACUGUUUCAACUACAGAGUGGUUGUUAGAGGCCCAAAUGGAAUAUGCUUUGCAGUAUUAAUUGCAGCUCUCUCUGUUUUGAGUUCAAACCCAAUAUCAGUCAACUUUGCUGCUUUCAACCUUAUGGGGGUCGAUUAAUACUAAUCUAGAGGGAGAUUGAUUGAAUGUUACAGCAUCUAGGGAUAUAUCUUGUAUGAUUUGCUUUGGCCCUGCAAUUCUGUCUUCUGUUACUGGCAAAAACAGUGACAGAUUUGGGAAGUCCUUAAACGAAUAUCUGAAUAUUUCAACUGAUUACUUUCAGUGCCAGCAGAUCAGCUGGUAUGGGGAGAAAGGCAGGGGUACAUUCAUGCCCAAUGCACUCAACAAACAAGUCACACAUUUAUAAAGAGUUGGACAUAUGUAAGAGAUGCUUUACACAUUGAAAGCUCUUUCUUUCUCUCCAAUGAUUCCAGAUAAACAAAGAGCGGGGUAAAUAGCAAUUCAUUGCUAUACAUUUUCUGCUAAUUCUAUUAAUGAUAGUAGUUGAAGACAUUAUUGGUCAGUUGUGAUGAUUGGCACCUCUUGCUUGCAAUGUCUUUAUAUUCUGUUUGAAUGAAAAUGCAAAAAAAUAAAAAAAUAAAUGAAUUAAAAAAAAAUUUUAACUUGAAAUAUCUUUUUACUUCUGUUCUCUGCAAAAUAUGGUUGGACUGUAAUUAAAUGAAGACGUGAAAGAGAAUUUAAAGAUGUUUUCGCCUGGACUGUGGAUGUAAAUGAAUCUAAACACUCAAUAUUCAGUAAUGCAAUAAGUACUGCUGUUACAAUAAUAAAACUAACGAGUUAUUUAUUAUUGUCAUAUUGCAAUAAAUGCUGGGUGUGUUAUCAUCAUCUAUGACUAUCAUCAUCACCUACAAGUGUCAUCGUCAUCAUCUAAGACAGUCAUCAUCAUCAUCAUCAUCAACCAUGGUUCAUGAAACCAAUGAAGGAGCCUCUACAUGGUUGCUUGGUAAGCUAGAAAAAGAAACAACUGCUGUAUCUCCCUCAACUCACGCACUAGUAUCUUUCAAAAAUGAAUGUUACAUUGCAUAAUAUAGUCCUAGAUGGACUGUUUUGCAAAGAAAAAAGAAAAAGACAAAAGUGGUGGUGGUGGCGUGACUGAACACCUUUGAUGACAGGUCGGCUCUGUUAGGUAUGACUUAAUACUGAACAACAACAACAACAACAACAAUGGUGCCUCUAGUAACUCAAGAUAUUGGGUCUGAUUACUGUCAUGAACGGAUGUUAUCGACCAGAUAGAUGACGGUACCUGGUGGUUUCAUUGACUUAUUAAUUACAGUUUUGUGGUCCCAUUACUUUAGAGACAUUGACACUCCAUCAUUUUACUUCAUCAUAAUUCAUAUUUUUACACGCUGCCGUUACUCCACAAUGCUCCUGAUGUAUUAAAGAAAUAAGUAAUAUUCAUUAUUGAUUUAUUGAAUAAACGCAUUCACUCAUUAUGUACUGAUACUUUCUAUAGCUUUCUUAUGAUUAUGUGUAGUCUCUCUGUCAUGUGGCAUGUUGGACAAGUGUCUUCUACUAUAGCCUCAGGCUGACCAUAGCCUUGUAAAUGGAUUUGGUAGACAGAAACUGAAAGAAGCCCAUCAUGUAUGUAUAUAUAUAUAAUACACAAACACACACACGUGUGUGUCUUUGUCUCUGUGUUCUCUGUGUUUGUCCCCCAUCACUGCUUGACAACUGGUGUUGGUGUGUUUACAUCCCCAUAACACCGGUUUGGCAAAAGAGACUGAUAGAAUAAGUACUAGGCUUACAAAGAAUAAGUCCUGGGGUCGAUUUCUUCAACUAAAAACCCCUUUAAAGCGGUGUUCCAGCAUGGCCACAUUGAAAUAGCUGACACGAGUAACAGUAACAGAAUAUAUAUAUAUAUAUAUAUAUAUAUAUAUAUAUAUAUAUAAAACAACAUGUAUGGGCUGAGUUUCACUACAGCUGUUGAAGAUACGGUCUUUAUUGUUGAACAAAUCAAUUACAUCUUGCGAAAAGAAAAACUGUUUUCUUCUAGUGAAUUAACAUUUAAAUCUUAAAUUUAUCAUUUAAGAUUUUGCACAAAAAGAAUGUAGAAUGUGUUUUGGCUCCCUUUAUUUCAAUAUGAUGCUCAAAAGAGUGAGGGGGAUGUCAGGCUAGGUGGACAUACGCUGGUCAUAGCAAAUGAAUGUGAGAUACUUGUGUAUCUAAUUUUUUUAUCUGAUACUUGUGUAUCAACCAUUUUUUAUCUGUGGACUCCUUUGAUUACUACUUAUUCUUGUGGACCCCCCCCCCUAGUCAUUUGAUAUUUAAAAACUAGUUUUAUAGAAGCUUCUUCCAAAAAUUUGUAUUUUGUUAUUCACACAUUAACUUGUGUACAAUAAAUUAUGAAAUAUGUUCAAGAAAGAAACCAAACUGUUUCUUGCAAUACAUAUCAAUACAUACAACUAAAGCAAAUUUUUUCAGGGGCCCUUAAAAUAUUACUGUUGAUCCCCAAUUUACUAUUUUGCAUGCACAGAUCCCUUUGAUUCCUAUUUAAUUCUUGUGGACCCCCCAUAGCCAUUCGAUGUUUAAAAACUAGUUUUGUAGGAACUUCUUUCAAAAUUCCUCUUUUGUUAUUCACACGUUGUGUAGAUUGAAUUGUUUAAAACAUUUGAGAAAGAAACCUAGCUGUUUCUUGCAAUACAUCUAAAACAAAUUUUUUCAGGGGCCUUUAAAAUACUGCUGUGGAUCCCCAAUUUACUAUUUUGUGUGGCCCCUCCAAAAUCUUAUGUGGACCUUCAGGGGCCAUAUGGACCCUGGUUGAGAUUUAUUAUUAAAUUUACUAGGGUGAUGUUUUCUACACUUGUAUAUUAGUUUCCAUGGUCCAUGGUUUUCAAAGGUCUGUAUAAACUUAUGUUGAAGGUGUAGGGAGUGUUAUCUGUGUUAAAUAUACAUAAAUAUACAUGUUCUGUUCCAACUAAUUCACAUGCAUGAUAGACCAAAGGGGUGAGUGAAUGAAAUCAUGCUCCUGGGUAUGUAUUUGUUAUUUAUGCCAUUAUGUCACAUGAAUAUUGUGUGUAUAUGUAUGUAUAAAACAAUCAUGGCUUAGUGGUUAGGGUGUCACACUCAUGGUUGCAAGAUCAUGGUUUCAACUCCCAGACUGGAUGUUGUGUUGUGUUCUUGAGCAAAGCACUUCAUUUCAUGUUGCUCUGCAAUCAUUUCGUCAUCUGAUACUUGGCAUGCUGUACUCCUCAGUAGGUAAUGUCAAUUUGAUGAAGAGAGUGAGGUUAUGUGAACACAAACAUCACUAUAAACAAAUCAUCUGUGUGGUUGUUCAGCAACAAAUUGCAGAACCCUUAUAUGGCAUCUAACAACAGGAGAGUCCCUGAUGUAUAUAUAUAUAUAUAUAACCACUAUUUAUCUCUUUGUGGCUCUACCUGUUCAUACUCAUCUUCUCUUCUAAGUGUGGUAGCCAUGCAGCUCCUCUAUAAGAAUCUCUUCUGCCUCCUUCUCUCAUACUUUAAACCACUCAUUUCCUGACAAUACUUUUUUUACCCUUGGGAGUUCAUAGUCUGGUAAGCUGCAUGGUAACCUCACCUGUGCUGGUGGCAUGAAAGAGGAAAAGCACCCAGUACAUGCUGUAAAGUAGUUGUCCUUAGGAAGAGUUUUCAGUUGUAGAAACCAUGCCAAAGCAAAGACUGGAGUAUGAUGUACUCCUUGGACCCUGUCAAUAUUUUACAUCAGUCAUAUGUUUGAGGGAUUCUACAGCUGGAUACACGCAUGCACAUACAUAUAUACAUACGCCCUUGGAGUGGUAUUAAUAGUCAGAAAUCAGAGCAGGCAGAGUUAUAUCCCUUGUACAGGGCACACCACGGUGGUGUGUAUUUCGAUUUGGACUCGGGGACUAUAUUGUCAAAGAUCCUGUUGGCUAAUGAAUUAACCUUAAGUAGUUUAUUAUACAGGGUGUCUACAAAGUCUGGGUACAUGGGGAUUAACACAUACUUUAAGAAAUUAUUAUUUCUUAUAUUUAGUUCAAAUGUUGUCAAAGUUAUCUUGGUUUUUUUUUAAUCCUUCUGUGGUUGAUAAACAUACAUCCAGACUAGGGCAGUGGAUUGUUAAAAUCUUUAGUGUUGGCUAUGGUAUCUUGCAAUAUUUGUUCUAGGCCCUAUUUUCUGAGUUCAAACGCCGUGGUUUUUUUACUGGGUGGUCGAUUUAAUUUGUUACUCAGUUUAACCCCCCCCCUCCUGGUUCUUGGAUGCUCUUAGCAGAGUCCACUCUGUUGCUAGCACUGAAGCCAAAUUUCUAACUUAAGGAUGCUUUCCUUCCUUCCUCCCCUCAUCCCACUAGAAUUGGAUAUUCUCUGUAGUGUUAUGCGUAUUGCCCUGCCUAAAUAUUUAAAUGUAAAAGUAAUUUGGAGGUGAUUUAGGUUGAAUAAUUGGUGUUAGGAAGGGCGUCCAGCUGUAGAAACUAUUCCAAAGCUGACUUUGGCAUUGGAUGCAGCCUUGCAGCAUCCUGUCAAAACUGUCCAACUCAUUCCAGUAUGGAGAAUGGAUAUUAAAUGAUGAAGAAUUACUAAAGAUGUUGAAUAACAAGAUUAUAAUUUUUCAAACUAUUCAUCUCGUGUUUAAAGCUGAAAGAUUUUUUAUACUUGCAUUUUUUUCACAGUAUUUCAAUUUGUUUGAUUGCUGAUGCUCAUCAGCAUUUUAUCAUAUUAUUUCCUGGAUGUGUGGAUAUUAGCAGACUGGAAUUGAACUUGAGGCCUUUAUUUCUAAACUAAGGUUAGUAACAGUCUUAUCUUCUAGCUCAGAGUACAUUUGGACUUUUGGUGGCUUUGAAUUGGUUACGAUGGAGCGAGGUCGUUGCCAGUGCCGCUGGACCGGCUCCUGUGCAGGUGGCAUGUAAAAUACACCAUUUUGAGCCUGGCCGUUACCAGUACCGCCUGACUGGCCUUCGUGCCGGUGGAACGUAAAAGCACCCACUACACUUUCAGAGUGGUUGGCGUUAGGAAGGGCAUCCAACUGUAGAAACUCUGCCAAAUCAGAUUGGAGCUUGGUGUAGCCACCUGGCUCACCAGUCCUCAGUCAAAUCGUCCAACCCAUGCUAGCAUGGAAAGCGGACGUUAAACGAUGAUGAUGCGUGUUCCAGUUGAUCUCAUCAAUGGAACAGCCUACUCGUGAAAUUAAUGUGCAAGUGGCUGAGUACUCCAUAGACACAUGUACCCUUAACGUAGUUCUCAGAGAGAGUCAGCUGACACAAGAUGUGAUAAGGCUGGUCCUUUGAAUACUGGUACAACUCACUUUUGCCAGCCAAAGGAACUGGAGCAAUGUGAAAUAAAAUGGCUUGCUCAAGGACACAUUGUGUCUCUGAGAAUAGAACUCAUGACCUUGCAAUCGUGAGCCAAGUACCCUAACCACUAAGCCAUGCACCUUUUGAAGAAUAUUCAGUUAAUUAAACAACAAUCUUAAUCUAGAAUUAUUCUUACUAUAAAUGUUUGUUUAGAGACUUUAUCUUUGUGUCUUAUCCGCAUUGUUUCGUCCUUAAUAUCUAAUUUUUAAUGUUUUACUCAGUGUCUUAAUUUCAGUAUCAAUGUCUCACUUGAAAUCUUUUAUUCCCUUUGUCUUAUCCUCAAAUAAAUAUAUUACUGUAGACAUAGGAGAGAAGGAAGCCCCUUGUUUUUCCUGUUGAGCUUUUUUUGUGAAAAAGCAUGAAUGUCAAUGGUUCUUUGUCUCAUAUAUAUACUCUACAUACACAUUGAGCUCUCUUUCUUCUAGAGGUAACCUUAUCUUGU